AUGUAUAAGAGGGCAAAAAGUAACAGAAGCUGCAAAUCAACUCACCACCAAGACUCGUCUUCGUCUCGCGUUGCCCGAUUCUGGCGUAAAAUUCACCAUCGCAGUCACCGCCAUGCCUCCUCUUCUCAGAAAAAACACCUCGCCGCCGAGGACUUCGCCGACAUCGCUCUUCUUACUCUCCAUGGGGAGAAGAAAUUUCUAUUGGAAAGAAAUGGGCCUCAUAUUGCAAGGAUAUCUGUAUUUGAGGUGUGUAAUGAGCUAAAUUCGAGUGUACAAAAUGUCCAGUUUUUUCUUUUCUAUGCAUUUUCCUUGAACAAAAUGAGAAAAUUUCUGGACGAAGAGGUCUGAUAUUUAUAAUGCAUUUGUAUAUGAAAGAAAAACAUGAAGGAAUAACCAAUUCUUGAUGCCUUAUGGAACAAAGGAAUAGACCUUAA